UCUUGAACGGUAGUGUCUGAUGAGUGCAGUGUUGUGGAGUGCUUUAGCUCUUUCUUCAACGUACAUUUCCCACUUUUAUUCAGUGCUUUAGGAAACACUUUUCCAGAGGUGAAGCCUCACACGUUUGUCGAAGAUGUCUGUGGCCGGGCUGAAAAAACAGUUCCACAAAGCCAGUCAGCUACUCAGUGAAAAGAUCAGUGGGGCAGAGGGGACGAAGCUGGAUGACGACUUCAUGGAGAUGGAGAGGAAAAUUGAGGUGACCAACAAGUCAGUGUUUGACCUCUUGUCCAAAACAACAGAAUACCUCCAGCCUAACCCAGCCUCUCGAGCCAAACUGAACAUGCUGAACACGGUGUCUAAGAUCCGAGGGCAGGUGAUGACCACUGGAUACCCUCAGACUGAAGGCCUGCUGGGAGACUGCAUGCUGCGCUACGGACAUGAUUUGGGAGAGGACUCCAUCUUUGGCUGUGCUCUGGUGGAUAUGGGGGAGGCCAUGAGGCAGAUGGCAGAUGUGAAGGACUCCCUGGACAUAAGUGUCAAACAAAACUUUAUUGACCCCCUGCAAAAUCUACAGGACAAGGACCUCAAAGAGAUCACGCACCACCUGAAGAAGCUGGAGGGCCGCCGGUUAGACUUUGACUAUAAGAAGAAGCGUCAGGGGAAAAUCUCAGAUGAGGAGAUCCGGCAGGCCGUUGAGAAGUUUGACGAGAGCAAAGAGCUGGCAGAGAGGAGCAUGUUCAACUUCCUGGAGAACGAUGUGGAACAGGUGAGCCAGCUGUCAGCACUGAUCAAGGCAGUCGUAGAGUACCACAGACAGUCGUGUGAAAUCCUGCAGGACCUCAGUGGAAAGCUGCAGAAGAGGAUAUCCACAGCCAGCAGCCGGCCCAAGAGACAGUUCAAACCAAAGUCCAUCAGGAGCAGCAUGGAGACCCUGGACAACAUUCAGCACAACGGCAUGUCCUACAGUUCCUCGCUCAAAUCCACCGAUAUCCAGAUCAACCACACAGUCAAUAGGAAAACUGAUAUAAACUAUGUUCCACUGCCAUGGCCUGAGAGCCCCACUGCCAAUGGCAAUAUUCCCCAGUCAGAGUUGUUGGACCAGCCAUGCUGCCGCUCUCUCUAUGACUUUGAGCCAGAGAACGAGGGUGAGCUAGCCUUCAAAGAGGGUGACAUCAUCAUCCUCACCAACCAGAUAGAUGAGAACUGGUAUGAGGGCAUGAUCGAUGGCAAGUCUGGUUUUUUCCCCAUCAACUAUGUGGAGGUCAUCGUCCCCCUGCCUCAGUAAAGACUGGCCCCUUGAGUCCUCUACAGACUCCCUCCUGCCUCACCACACUCAGCCUCUGUCCUCAGCCUGACUUGGUUCUGAACAUGCACAGGACCAGCUCAGCCCGAAGCUGAGAUUUUUUCUUUCUUCUGAUUUUCAAACCGCGUCAGAGAGGUAGCAGUAUUGUCCCAAGCUGACUUAAUAUCAAAUUUCUGUUGAUAUCUAUAAACCUGAGGCCUACUGAAACCCGAACCACUAAAUUGGACACUGCCUGGUUGGACCCUUUGUGUUUUUUGGGUCCGACCGAAAAUGUCUAGAAGUUGUCUAACUCUCCUGUCAGUCCCUCGGAAGCUUUAUCUCGUUGAGCUGUCGGCCUAUUUUGCCCCCUCAGCACAAACUCAGGCUCCUUGAAUUUCUCCUCUAGUUAAUUGUUGAGAUUGGGAACAUGGUGACAAUGCUUGAAAGAAGUCAGACGGGUCAAGAAACAUCGACAGUCAGACAAUCAAACAGGUUGUAAAGCUGCACUUGCCAACAUGGGUCAUUCAACAACAGGUCAACAGACUACUUGCAUGUGAAAGGUGUCGCCUGCAGUGAUGAACCCUCAUAGGAUGGUCACAGAUGAUCAUCUGCAGUUCAACUCAGUUCUAUAUAUAGAUGGAUGCUUUAUUUAUCUCAACUGGGGGUUAUGUGCAUGUCACAGCAGCAGUACACAAACAAAGCACACGGUACAAAGAAUAGUGCAAAGCUUUUAAGCAUUAUGUAUCUUUUAAUUGUUUUGGUUUUAAAACUGCAUAUUUACUGUUUUGACUUUAAACGAGCCCCCAGGUUUAGUGGAGAAAAUGUAGUUGAAAGUUGAAACAUCCAUCACAGUUUAUAGUUUACAGACAUAUGUUCUGAGAUAACUUAUAUAAAGUUAUCCGGAUAAACCGUUGGCUUGUUUACAAGAUGCCUGAUUGUCUGACUGUACAUAUUCUUUGUUGGAUAUCUGAUUAAAAGAAUGACCAAAAUUACAAGAAAACACCCAAGAGUUAUCCUCUAAAAAGUAACAGUAUAAUAUUUGCUGAAUGAAGGCUUUAUCUGGAUGACAUGCUGCUUUUCCCCACAAAGACUGAAUUGCUAUUUAUUUUAGCUUUGAUCCCACCUGACUGGCCUAGUUAAAGUCACCAGUGUUUGAAAGCCUCACAUUCCUCUAGGAUCAUGGACAGUAAGAAUUACUACUCUGUUAGACUCUGCCUGUGUUUAGUGCGGGCUGACUGUUUUUCUGUCCUUUCUCUUCCCAAAACGGACUUUUCCUCUUUGCCUGCUGUGCUCUUACCUAGAAGCCCUAGAAGCCCUACACUAUGGCCUGCCCACAACACAUUUAUUUUUACAACUGUGUGGAACUGUAGUGAGCUCCAUGUUUCUGAAUGUACCUCUCAAACUGUUUACAUGCUCUGACUUAUUGUGACAUAAUGUAAGGACUGUACCGCCCACUCUAUGUCAGAUAGGGAUGAAUACCUUGUCUCACUGAAACCAUAUGAACAUAUUUUUUCAAAUGUCAUCUGUAUUGCACUGAAGCUUUAGAAUCUACUACCACAUACGUUUAUGGGCAUGCACCUUGUUUUUUCCUUUUCUUCAGCGUUGCACUUUAUGUUAGUCACAACUGGGUUACACCCACUGCCAUAUCAGAUAUAUAUGUGAAGUCAAAGUGCUAGAUACCUAGAUUUAUAUAACCAAAUAUGUUCUUUGGACUGUACUCUAAUGUAUCCACUAUCACAAUUAUUGUAAUAUAGAUUGGAAAAAUGGUUGCAUCACAUCCUGAAUCAGACGUCUGAGGAUGCAGAUGAUCCUGUUAGCUUGUGAACCUUCCUGCUCUCAUUAGCUAGUGAUACGCUGUAGGAUAAGUAAAGGCCUGCAGUUACUGUGCGGCUGUGCUGGUAAACAUGUUAGGAAGUCCCAUCACUGCGGGAGUCGGUAAAACAUGUUGGUAGCCUGAUAACCAGCAGUUUCUCCUUCUGACAAUUCAUUUAGAGUAUGUAGAGUGUUGCACGAGACACAUUACCGUAAAUCUGUUUUAAUUCGAUGUUUACCAGUUGUCUUAAUAAAUUCAGGAUAAUCUACAUUUUCACAACCCUAAUUCCAUCCGUACAACAUGAGUCAGGUCAUACUGAGCACUUUGCUGCUCUCAGUCUUUAACAGUUGAAACUGUUUUCUUUCAUUAAUUUGUUCCAAUCACAGAGUUUAGAAAUCUGGACAGAAACGAGGUUGAAGUCAUUUAAACUGUAUAUUAGGGUUACAUGGUUGUUUUAUAUAAUAUCUGCUGUUCUUGGUCAGUCUUUAAAACAUUUUGCAGGAACCUUGUGAUCGCUCAAAAAAAAGGUAAAGCAGACGUACUUGGAAUUAACUAGUGAAUGAAAACAGCAUCUUUGUUUAAGAGCAGAGGUAAGUAUAGCAGAACUCUGUCCUGAUGGAAUAUUCAUUAUGUGCUAUCACAGCACAUUUAGCCUUCAUUUAUUCCACUACUAUUUAAAUACUGGCUUUUAUGACAAUUCAUGGAAAUUACACAAGAAACUUUCUCUCUUACUAAUUAUUAUUAUUAAUAAUAUUGGGUAUUUGUUCCUAAAUGCUCUCCAUUCUCCACUCUACAUUAUUAAAUUAAAUCUUAUAAUGUAUGUGGACCAACUCAAUUUAGGCAAUUGACAAGAUGAUCACGAUGCUGCACGAUGAUUUUGUUUUUCUAAAGAUUAUUGUUAUGGAUUUUGGAUACUGGGGAGCUGUUAGCACAGGAUGUCAUCUGCAACACAGUCACAGAAAGGAACGUUCAUCAGUUUAAUCCCAAAUUCUCCAGAAACCAACAGAGAAAAAGACUUGUUCUAGAAAUGCAGUCAUCAUGAAGAAGUGAACUAACCAUCCAAUUCCAAAGUGUUUCACUUUGUUUACAGAUUUAAGAUGGAGAUUAGAUUAGCCUAUUUCACACUUUUAUUUUUUGCAAUUAGCCCCAAGGUUUAACUGAUACACUAAAACAAAAUCUCUCAACACUGUACCUCUGUUAGCCGUCACAGUCCACAGCUCUCUCCUCAGUAUUCAUUUAACAACCAACUACUAGGCAAAGGAAAGUGGCGGCGCAGUCCUCUGUUUUAUUUUUACAGUAGCAUAAUUUAUGCAAAAGGUGUUUUAUAGAUGUUUUAAAUUAAUAUAUUGCGUAAAUAAAUGACAAAAUGCAAAAUUGA